AUGGAGGCCUCUCCACUCUCUUGGGAAGAAGAAUUCUUCUGCCAUGGAGGGGUAGACUAUCAUGCUUUCAUAAACUGUUCCUUUUUCUCUGUCUACCCGAUUGCGACUUUUCUACUCGUUUUCGUUCUGGGAGCAUACCGAUAUGGUACUGUCCUCCGACAGCGAGCCGUAUACCAGCCAUUAUUCGAGUCCACAAACGUCACUCGCCUUUCUACCCUAUCUAAAGCUAUAUACGUUCUCAGUGCUUUGAUAGUAGCAACAUACCUAAUAGAUAGUAUCAUACUGACGUGUAGAGCUUUGAUUGAGAAAUAUUGGACUUCUACAAACUAUGCCUUGUAUGAUGUCUUUUUCACGGUUGCCUGGGUGAUUAAUUUGAGUUUGAUGUCAUUCGAGUCAAAGGUUAAUAGAACAUGGUCAUGGAUACAGUAUGCAUUCUAUUGGGUAGUACUUGCUGGAAACUCUGUUCUGCUAUAUUCGUGGCUCUUGAACGUGACGCAUGAUAAAACUGAUCAGGAUAUGACCAUCUACGACCUUUUAUUAUUUUUCACCUUUAUCGCUCGAUAUUUUCUCCUCUUGGUUGCAACCAUUGCUGUCAGUUUUCAUGCCUUCCAGGACACUGUCUAUGAUGAUGUCGAAUCUGGAUUUACGACAAACGGUAGUGCUUACGAAUCCUUGCCUAAUGCAGCUGGAGAUGCUCAACAUGCCGAAGGUGUAAGCACUUGGUCGGACUUUUUCGAAAAGAUGCGAAAAUUGUUACCAUUUCUAUGGCCGGACAAGAACCGAGCGUUGCAGAUCAUGGUUUUCGUCUGUUUCCUUUUGAUGAUCACGGGGCGCAUUGUGAAUGUGCUUGUACCGCGACAAUUGAAGAUUAUCACCGAUGAAUUGACGAGCGACGACGGACAUCGUCCCCAAUUUAUUUGGGGAUCAAUUGCUUUAUUCGUCUUUUUCCGAUUUCUCCAGGGUGGAGUAGGUCUUAUACAAUCAACUCAGAAUUAUCUUUGGAUUCGCGUUGGCCAGUAUACUACUCGAGAGAUUUCUACGAGCAUGUUCGCACAUCUUCAUUCUCUAUCUCUUUCGUUCCACAUUAAUCGUAAAACCGGCGAAGUCUUACGAGUGAUGGAUAGAGGCACUUCCAGCAUCGUCUCUCUUCUCAAUCAAAUUCUAUUCCAAAUAUUACCCGUGAUCGUGGACAUUGUAGUAGCCGUGAUUUAUUUUGUAAUUGCUUUCGGGUGGUCCUUUGGUAGUAUCGUAUUCGUCACAAUGGUGAGCUAUAUCUAUGUUACAAUAUCGAUUACCGAGUGGAGGACGAAAUUCAGAAGAAGAAUGAUCGAGCUGGAUAAUGAUGCAAGAGCUAAAGCUGUGGAUUCAUUAUUAAACUUUGAGACGGUCAAGUAUUACAAUGCAGAACGCUUUGAAAUACAGAGAUACGAUGAAGCUGUGGCGAAAUAUCAGGAAGCUGACUAUGAAGUACAGCUAUCUCUUAACGUUUUAAAUCUCAGUCAAAAUCUCAUAAUCACGCUUGGGUUGCUUGUCGGGACCUUGCUCUGUGCUUAUCGCACUGCGCAAGGUGAAUUUACCGUUGGUCAUCUCGUGCUGUUUCUGACAUAUAUAAGUCAACUGUAUACGCCGUUGAACUUUUUCGGAACUUAUUACAGAUUGAUUCAAUCCAAUUUCAUCGACAUGGAACAGAUGUUUGAUCUUUUCAAACAAGAACUGAAUGUAAAGGAUGCUCCUGAUGCAACGGAAUUGAAAGUAACCGAAGGAACAGUUACCUUCGAAAAUGUUUGUUUCUCUUAUGAUCCACGACAACAAGCACUGAAUAACGUCUCUUUCACGAUUCCUCAAGGCAAGACGGUUGCUCUAGUAGGACCCAGUGGCGGUGGCAAGUCAACAAUAUUGCGAUUGCUAUUCCGCUUCUACGACGUAGAGUCUGGGCGCAUCUUGAUCGAUGGCCAAGAUAUCAGACAAGUUAAACAAGAGUCGCUUCGUCGUAACGUUGGUGUUGUUCCACAGGACACCGUUUUGUUUAAUGAUACUAUAUUUUAUAACAUACACUACGGAAAUGUCAAUGCAAGUGAGAACGAAGUAUACAAAGCGGCCAAGGCUGCACAGAUUCACGAUCGCAUACUGACAUUCCCAGAUGGGUAUGAGACGAGAGUUGGAGAACGCGGUCUUAGGUUGAGCGGUGGCGAGAAACAAAGAGUCGCUAUUGCCAGAACCAUGCUAAAGGAUCCUCAGAUCAUUCUCCUUGACGAGGCAACCUCUGCACUCGACACAACAACCGAGCGCCAAAUCCAGCAUGCUCUUACAUACAUAACUAAAGACCGAAUGACCCUAGUUAUCGCUCAUCGUCUCAGCACGAUAGUAAACGCCGAUCUGAUCCUCGCUAUAAAAGAUGGUAGAAUAGUCGAGUCUGGAACUCAUAGAGAAUUAAUUGAGAACGUAGACGGUGUUUACUACGAGAUGUGGCAGAAGCAACUAUCUGAGGAUCAGAAAAUAGAUGCAUCAAACAAUUAA